AUGCUGGGCAUCGGCCGAGGGUCUCGAGAAGGCGUUAUUUCCCUCGACGCGUCGAUCAAGAACUGCGGUCGGACAAAACAGUGGAGCGUAGCACUGCGGUUGCUCAGUGAAGGACUUCGAUUAGGUGUGCAACUUUUCUCAGGCCACUACAUGGCGACUGCCAGCGCGUGCAGAAAAGGCGGGCAAUGGCAACGCGCGCUCUCAGUGCUCAGUGACAUGUGGAAGGCGAAGUUGGAACCCGACGUCAUCAGCUACAACGCUGGGAUCAGCGCGUGCGAGAAGGGCGAACAGUGGCAGGCGGCGCUUGCGCUGCUGAGCGAGAUGCGGGAGACGAAGCUGGAACCCAACGUCAUCAGCUACAGCGCUGGGAUGAGCGCGUGCGAGAAGGGCGAGCAGUGGCAGCGGGCACUGGCGCUGCUGAGCGAGAUGCGGGAGGCGAAGCUGGAGCCCAACGUCAUCAGCUACAGCGCUGGGGUGAGCGCGUGCGAGAAGGGCGAGCAGUGGCAGUGGGCGCUUGCGCUGCUGAGCGAGAUGUGGCAGGCGAGGCUGGAACCCAACGUCAUCAGCUACAACGCUGGGAUCAGCGCGUGCGAGAAGGGCGAGCAGUGGCAGCGGGCACUUGCGCUGCUGAGCGAGAUGCGGGAGGCGAAGCUGGAGCCCGACGUCAUCAGCUACAACGCUGGGAUCAGCGCGUGCGAGAAGGGGCGAGCAGUGGCAGCGGGCACUUGCGCUGCUGAGCGAGAUGCGGGAGGCGAAGCUGGAGCCCAACGUCAUCAGCCACAGCGCUGGGAUCAGCGCGUGCGAGAAGGGGCGAGCAGUGGCAGCGGGCGCUUGCGCUGCUGA